GACCAGAGCCCCGAGGGGCUCGGGAUUGCGGAAGUUUCGUGAGGAGGGUCGGGCGGUUCUUGGAGCGCAGUGUUGUUUUGGAACAAGUUCUGGAAGGGACGCCGCCACUUGGGGUCUGAGAGGCACCAGCCUGCUCACGUUUGGGGCACCUGCGGGCGGAAUCGACAGUGGUGCUGUUGGCUUUCUCUGCCCCCGUUCCUCCUCCAGGAACCGCCUCGAAUCUCCGCCAUGGCAUCCACUUCCAACAACCUCCAGAAAGCGAUAGAUCUUGCUAGCAAAGCAGCCCAGGAAGACAAAGCUGGGAACUAUGAGGAAGCCCUUCAGCUCUACCAACAUGCUGUACAGUAUUUUCUCCAUGUAGUUAAAUAUGAAGCACAGGGCGAUAAAGCCAAGCAGAGUAUCAGGGCAAAAUGUACAGAAUAUCUUGAUAGAGCAGAAAAACUAAAGGAGUACCUGAAGAAGAAAGAGAAAAAACCACAGAAGCCAGUGAAGGAGGGACAGCCGAGUCCAGCUGACGAGAAGGGGAAUGACAGUGAUGGGGAAGGAGAAUCUGAUGAUCCUGAAAAAAAGAAACUACAGAAUCAACUUCAAGGUGCCAUUGUUAUAGAGCGACCGAAUGUGAAAUGGAGCGAUGUUGCUGGUCUUGAAGGAGCCAAAGAAGCGCUGAAAGAGGCCGUGAUAUUGCCUAUUAAAUUUCCUCAUCUCUUUACCGGCAAGAGAACACCUUGGAGAGGAAUCCUAUUAUUUGGACCACCUGGAACAGGAAAAUCCUAUUUAGCCAAAGCUGUAGCAACAGAAGCAAACAACUCAACAUUUUUCUCGAUAUCUUCCUCUGACCUUGUUUCUAAGUGGCUAGGUGAAAGUGAAAAGCUAGUUAAGAACUUAUUCCAGCUUGCCAGAGAGAAUAAACCUUCCAUUAUCUUCAUUGAUGAAAUUGAUUCUCUGUGUGGUUCAAGAAGUGAAAAUGAAAGUGAAGCUGCACGUAGAAUUAAGACAGAGUUCCUAGUUCAAAUGCAAGGGGUUGGUGUGGACAAUGAUGGCAUUUUGGUUCUGGGAGCUACAAAUAUACCCUGGGUUCUGGAUUCUGCCAUUAGGCGAAGGUAUGCCCGAGCAGCAAUGUUUAAACUGCACUUGGGGACCACUCAGAACAGUCUGACAGAAGCAGACUUCCGGGAACUUGGGAAGAAAACGGAAGGGUAUUCGGGGGCAGACAUAAGUAUCAUUGUGCGUGACGCACUCAUGCAGCCAGUCAGGAAAGUCCAGUCAGCUACCCAUUUUAAAAAGGUUCACGGACCUUCACGAGCAGAUCCUAACAGCGUAGUAGAUGAUCUGCUAACGCCCUGUUCUCCAGGUGACCCUGGUGCCAUUGAAAUGACAUGGAUGGAUGUCCCUGGAGAUAAACUUUUGGAGCCAGUUGUUUCCAUGUCGGAUAUGUUACUGUCACUAUCUCACACAAAACCCACGGUCAAUGAACACGACUUGUUGAAAUUAAAGAAGUUUACAGAAGAUUUUGGUCAAGAAGGCUAAACCAAAGACAACAAGGAAGAUGUAUACCAUGUGUGUUCUUCCUCUCUUAGGUACUUUUGCCUUUCUUGGAUGGCAUUCAGAUUAUUUCCUGUAAAAAACUCUCACCACGGGGAAGUAGAGAUCUCACUCAGCAUUCCUUUACGUUUUGUAUGUACUUUUGCUCCAUUACCAAUUAAAUGCUCCUAUUAACAAAAAUUAUAAAAUAAUGGAUUAUAAGGAAAUGAGUGAUAUGUAAAUAGCAAAAAAAAAAAGAAUUACCCAGUAUUAAUAGCAAAAAAAAAAAUUUACCCAGUUAAAAAAAGAUUAAAAUUGAUUGAAAUGCAAGUAUUUUAAAUUGCUAUGAAUAGUGAGUGGUCUUUGUAAAGAGCAUUUCUUUUUUUUUUUCUUUUUUUUUUUCUCUUUUCUUUUUUUCUUUCUUUCUUUCUUUUUCUUCCUUUCUUUCUUUCUUUUUCUUUCUUUACUAAAAUGGAGAGGCUUAUUUCAUAUUUUGCAAAAAAUCAUAAGCUUCAUUCUCACCCAUGUAGAAUUUAUUUACUUUAUUAAAAAAUUAAGAAUGGUUUACUCUCAGGGAUGGGCAAUAAAACGGCACAGAGCACUGUGAUUGGGCUUGAAAGAUUUCAAAUUGUGUUCUAGGCAAGACUCUUACUGAUUUUUGAUAGGUUGACAUUUUUCUCUGUGUAGAUUUAAAUCAUUUCUUUGAAAGCAGCAAGCUUUUAUAUUUAACUAAAUCAUACCUUUCACUGUGCAAUCUCAAGAGAAAGACUUUCUAAAUUAAACAUUGUCUUUAUCUUGAAGAAGAAAAUUGUCUCUUUCAGUGUCUUUGUAGCAAGAUUGACCAAAACAGGUGGUAAAUAAAUAUGUACUUUUGAAAUAACUAUCAUGAAAUACUGUAAUGGGAACCUUUACUAAAAGGAACAACCUCCCUUUAGAUUAUGGGAAGUUUCUUAUGUGUGAUGUGGGGGUGUGUGUGUACAUAUAUAUAUAAUUUUUUUUUAAUAUAGGAUAGUAAGGGUCUUGUCUUUUUAGUCUACCUUUUAAGUUCAGGAAACAGUUUAUUCUGGCCACACAUAUGUUAUCAGUGUAAUGCUUCAUGAAGCUUUAGAAAUGAGCUGAUGUCUCCUUAAAUAAUAAAAUGCAAACAUGAUGUUAUGUUAUUUUAAUAUCGUCAAACAAAUAAUCUGAGUGUGUGUUAUACGUGUUAGUGUCAACACUAAGUUGUGCCUUGUACAUUUGCAUUGGCUCUACGUACAAAGGAUUAGUAAGUCAGCUAGAAUGAGGUAGAUUCCUUAAUUUACUAUAAAGUUCUGCCGUGCAAAUGCUAUAGAAUAACUUGCAUUUUAAAGUAUAUUUGCACAUUUUACAUGUUAUGCUAUAUGGUUGCCUUUGGGUUUUCUGUACAGAUUGUUUUUAUUGAUAUUAAAUGGAAAUCGUAGGCCUGAAAUAAUGCUGUUCUUAUGUGAAGUAAAUUGAUAUAACCCACUAUUGGC